AUGGCUCGUAUUACUUUUUUACAUCCCGAUUUGGGAAUCGGAGGGGCUGAAAGAUUAGUUGUUGAUGCUGCCCUAGGGUUAAAAAAAAAAGGAAAUUUAGUAAAUAUUGUAACAACACAUCAUGAUAAAAAUCGUGCCUUUGAAGAAACAAUUAAUGGUGAAAUUUCUGUUAUUGUUGUGGGAGACUGGAUACCCAGAACCUAUAUCAGAAUGAUUUAUGCUGCUUUUUAUAUAAUAUUCUUUAGCAAUAUCAAUCCUGAUGUUGUUUUCUGUGAUCUUGUGUCUGUGGCAGUACCUAUAUUAAAACUUAAAAUAAAAAAAGUUAUCUUUUAUUGUCAUUUUCCUGAUCAGUUGUUAAGUAGACCGGAAGGAUUACUCAAAGCUCUGUAUCGAGUACCUAUUAAUUGGGUUGAAGAAAUUAGUACGGGAACAGCAAAUCAUGUAUUUGUUAACAGUGAAUUUACGGCUGGUGUUUUUAAAAAAACAUUUAAAAAAAUUAACAUUCACCCUGACAUAUUGUAUCCAUCGUUAAAUAUGUCUUUUUUCGAUUCAUUUAAGGAUAGCGAUUUAAAAUUAAAUUAUCCAGAAAAAAAAUUUUAUUUUUUAUCAAUUAAUCGUUAUGAAAGGAAAAAAAAUUUAAAUUUAGCUAUAAGAUCAUUAUCCGAACUGAAAAAUAUUGUAGAUAAAAAUUUAUGGAACAAAGUACAUUUAAUUAUGGCGGGAGGUUAUGACAGUAGAGUUAUUGAAAAUGUAGAACAUUACAAAGAAUUAACUCAAUUAACCCAUGAUUUAAAUUUAAGUGACAAAGUUACAUUUUUAAAAUCGUUUACCGAUAUGGAAAAAAUAUCACUUUUGAAUAUGUGCACUUGUUUAAUUUACACUCCUUCGAAUGAACAUUUCGGUAUUGUUCCAAUUGAGGCAAUGUACAUGAGAAAACCUGUCAUAGCUGUAAAUAGUGGUGGUCCUACAGAAACAAUUAUUAAUGAUGUCACAGGAUAUUUGUGUGAUCCUCUGCCAGAAUCUUUUGCUAUUGCUAUGAGUAAAUUUUUAUUAAAUGAAAAUUUAUCAAUGAAAUUGGGUAAUGCAGGAAAGGAAAGAGUUUUAUCAACUUUUUCAUUUGAUAAAUUUUCACUUAAAUUAAAUAAUGUUGUUAAUGAAUUAUUAGGGAAAAAAGAGAAUUGA